AUGAUUACAGCCCAAGUUGGACUCAUUCACUAUCCAUUGUCACUUUCUGCUUUCAUUUCUCCUCUCUACUUUCUCCGAUCACCGUUAGCAGCCAUGGCCGCCGCCGAGUCAACCGUCGCCACGAAAAUCCUUAUCAGCCCCCGUUACAAACGUUCCGGAAGAGCUAAUGGAAAAGGACACGGCGUUAAAGUCACGGCAAGCAAGAAAACCGGCGGUCAUCAUGCCGACGGUGACAUUUCUCGCGGGAAGGCAUCGUUCAUGAAAUGGACACUGGACGACGUCGUUUAUGUCGCGAAAUAUCACCGGAUACCCUGUUUUUUCGCGGCGGGGCUGUUGUUUUUCAUUUACGUGGAAUACACGCUCCGGAUGGUGCCUGACUCUUCACCGCCUUAUGAUCUGGGGUUUGUCGUUACACGCUCCUUCCAUCGCGCAUUGGCUUCGUGGCCGGAACUUAAUUCCAUUUUAGCUGCUCUUAAUACGGUGUUUGUUGGGAUGCAAUCAGUGUAUAUAAUCGGGACCUGGUUAGUUGAGGGUCGACCAAGGGCGACGAUUUCUGCUUUGUUCAUGUUCACUUGUCGUGGGAUCCUCGGUUACUCGACGCAGCUCCCAUUACCUCAGGAAUUUGUAGGGUCAGGGAUGGAUUUCCCCGUAGGAAAUGUCUCGUUUUUCCUCUUCUUCUCCGGCCAUGUCGCUGGAUCAGUGAUUGCAUCGUUGGACAUGAGGCGAAUGCAGAGAUGGCAAUUGGCAUGGUUAUUCGACACACUCAAUGUGCUUCAAGCCAUGAGAUUGCUUGGUACAAGGGGUCACUACACGAUUGAUUUGGUGGUUGGCAUCGGUGCCGGGAUCUUAUUCGAUUCACUCGCGGGUAAGUAUAUAGAGAGCAGGAAAAAAACUGCUCUUGCAUGAGGUACCAGUGAAGUUAGACUAAAAAACUAGGAAUGGCAAAUGGGGUUCAAGUGUAGUCAAGUAGGGAGGAGAACUAGUAAUAGUUAUUGUCAAUGAACUUGUUCUUAUAUCUUCAAAUUUUAAAGAAAAAGACACUGCUUUUAUAAUCA